CCCAAACUUUAAAUUUUCGAUGGAAACAUUUUACAAACUAGUUUACAUGUUACUCGAGUGCCCACCCCCUUUUGAAUAAGGAUCAAGACUUUGUCCCAAAGCCAAAAUAUGUCACGUCCAACAAAAAUCACAGCAGUGACAGUGAAAGAUAUAAGAUUCCCAACGUCUUUAGAAAAGGAUGGAUCAGAUGCAAUGCACAAAGCCCCUGAUUAUUCCUGUCCAUAUGUCACCAUACAGACAGACACUGAUCUACAGGGUAAUGGCACCACAUUUACUGUAGGACGAGGGAACCACAUAGUUUGUUGUGCAGUGGAAGUUUUUGAAAAGAUGCUAGUGGGUAAAAAACUCACAGAGAUCUUUGAUGACUUUGGAAAUUUCUGGCAGUCUUUGGUCAGUGAGGACCAAAUCAGAUGGCUUGGUCCGGAGAAAGGAGUGAUUCACCUUGCAACAGCAGCCAUUGUAAAUGCCUUGUGGGAUUUGUGGGCCAAAAUGGAAAACAAGCCUCUUUGGAAAUUGCUGGUAGAUAUGGAGCCAGAAAAGCUUGUGUCUACCAUUGAUUUCAGAUAUAUGUCUGAUUCUCUGACUAAAGAGGAGGCUAUAGAGAUUUUGAAAAAAAUGCAAGAUGGAAAGAAAGCAAGAGAGGAGGAGCUCCUGACCAAAGGUUUCCCCGCCUACACCACUUCCUGUGGAUGGCUGGGGUACUCGGACGAGAAAAUUAAAAAGCUUGCAACAGAGGCCAUGGCAGCAGGAUGGACAAGAUUUAAAAUGAAAGUAGGAGGAGAUGUUAAAGAUGAUGUCAGACGUGCCAAAAUCUUCAGGGAGACAAUCAAAGAGGACAUGCUUCUGAUGGUAGACGCUAACCAGAAAUGGGAGGUACAGGAAGCCAUUGAUUGGAUGAAGCAGAUGGCUGACUACAAGAUUCUCUGGAUAGAGGAGCCUACCAAUCCUGAUGAUGUCAUGGGUCAUGCUGCCAUCGCAGAGGCUCUAGUGCCUUUGGGUAUCGGGGUUGCCACUGGGGAGAUGUGUCAAAACAGAGUUAUGUUUAAACAGUUUCUGAAAGCCAAGGCCAUGCAGUAUUGUCAGAUUGAUGCCUGUCGAUUGGGCGGAGUCAAUGAAGUUCUCGCUGUAAUUUUACUGGCUGCCAAAUACAGUGUGCCUGUUUGUCCACAUGCAGGGGGCGUGGCAUUGUGUGAACUUGUUCAACAUCUCUCCAUGUUUGACUUCAUCUCUGUUUCAGGGACAAUGGAAAAUAGAAUGAUAGAGUUUGCUGAUCACCUCCACGAGCACAUGUUGGCACCAGUCGUUAUAAAAGAAGGAAGAUACAUGGCACCUAAGACACCAGGAUAUGUGGUGGGAAUCAAGGACCAAUCCCUGGCUGACUUUGUCUACCCAGAGGGGGCUGAAUGGCAGCGAAUGUUUAAGGAAGGGUUAUUCCAACAGGAAUGAGUGAAUGCAGUCUGGACUGUGUAAUUAAUGAUAGGUGCAAUCAGCACAAAAAAUUACAAUCAUUAUGAAAUUAUUUUCAGAUUUUGUGUUUUUUUUACAUACAUAACCAGAUCAGAAUUAGUAUCAAUAACUUUUGUAAGAACUUAAGUGCCUGAUUUUUGUUAAUGAAAUUUCAUUUCAUUUGUAUGAGCAUUUAUGAAAUGUGCAUUUUGUUUCUCAAAUUGUUUUAAAUACUUGAUUUGUUUUAAGCAUCAUUAAUUUUUGUACAUUUACAAGCUACUGUCACAGUCAUCUCUCCAAGUAUCAGAACAAUGGAUAAGUUGUUUUAUUUUCAAGACAUGUAGAUUUAAGUUGUGAAUGAAAAAGAAAACAAAUACUGUGGAAUCAUCAUAUUUCAUUGGGGGACCAUUUUUCGUGGAUUCCAUGAAUUUAUCUCCCCACAAACAUUAAUUUUGUCAAUGUAUCGGUUCAUUGAAUCUUUGGGAUACGUUAUUUACUAGAAAAUAACAUCAAUGACCAGGAAACAUUGACCCCCAUAAAUUAAAAUGAUUCAACAGUACAUAUUUAUAGAGUAUGAUAUCUUCAAUUCUGCCAAUCUUUCAAAUGCAUUUGAAUUCCUUAAUUAUCUACACUGUACAUGAAUAUAUGUGGGGUGUUUUGUACUAUACAAUCCUCUAAGCUUUAAAACAUGUUUCCAUCUUUUGCAUACAUGAACAUGAACAAAUGUAUGGUUUUGUAAGAAAAUUAUUCAAAUUAUUUUGAUGAACUGUGAUAAAAUUUAUGUUGUGUACUGUAUAUACGUGAAUUACUAAAUUUUUUAACUAAGGUGCUAUAUUUUUGCGAUUAUUUUAAAUAGUUUAUAUCAGCUCAAUCCCAAUUUGAA